CUCACCCCUCCACAGUGUCUGCCCAUGAGACUCAUGGGUUAGACUCUGGUGGAAUCCGAUGUCCGGUGUCAAGCAGUUCAGCCAAAACAACACUCCUGGGCUCUGCCACACAAGCCCACGCCCACCCCAGGCAGCAGGGACCAGGGCAGCACCCAGCAGCCCCUGUCUGGGGGGUGCUCCAGAUGUGUGGGUCCGACCCGCCUGGAGUGCUCCUUCUUUUCUCCCUUCCUGUAUCUGCCGCUUUCUUCUCUCCUCCUUGGUCGUGGGGCAUUGGAAGGAAGAAGGGGCAGUGUCCAGAGCUUCUGUCUGGGGUGCAGUGCAGUGGGCCCCAAGUAUAUGUUGAGUUCUGGCCCCUCAGUGUGUGUGACGUGGGCCUCCUGUCGUCCUGCCCCAGGGGACACUGGGCCACCUUCCAUCUCUGCCCCCUCUCCUGCUCCCUACAGAGUUUGCUCCCCUCAGGGUCGCUCUGCAGCCGGUCGCCGCUGGCAGCGGGAUCCCCCAGAUCAAGUGCUUCCUCAAUGGGGUGAAGAUCCCCCACGUGGUCCGGCUCAAGGUGAGACUCUGGUGAUCAAAGUGUCCGGCGUGAUCCUGUCCGUGGUGGGAGGACUGGCUGUGGGGAAGGAGGGGCCGAUGAUCCACUCCGGCUCCGUGAUUGCUGCUGGGAUUUCCCAGGGAAGGUCAACAUCACUAAAGCGAGAUUUCAAGAUCUUCGAGUACUUCCGCAGAGACACAGAGAAGCGGGACUUUGUCUCGGCAGGAGCUGCGGCCGGAGUGUCUGCUGCGUUUGGGGCCCCUGUGGGUGGGGUCCUGUUCAGCUUGGAGGAGGGUGCAUCCUUCUGGAACCAGUUCCUGACAUGGAGAAUUUUCUUUGCUUCCAUGAUUUCCACCUUCACCUUGAAUUUCGUCCUAAGCAUUUACCAUGGAAAUGUGUGGGACCUGUCCAGCCCUGGCCUCAUCAACUUUGGAAGAUUUGACACCGAGACGAUGGUGUACACGAUCCACGAGAUCCCCAUCUUCAUUGCCAUGGGUGUGCUGGGUGGUGUCCUUGGAGCCGUGUUCAACGCUUUGAACUACUGGUUGACGAUGUUUCGAAUCAGGUACAUCCACCGGCCCUGCCUCCAGGUGAUCGAGGCCAUGCUGGUGGCCGCUGUCACGGCCACAGUCGCCUUCGUGCUGAUUUACUCUUCCCGGGAUUGCCAGCCCCUGCAGGGGAGCUCUGUGUCCUAUCCCCUCCAGCUCUUCUGUGCCGAUGGCGAGUACAACUCAAUGGCCGCAGCCUUCUUCAACACCCCGGAGAAGAGCGUGGUCAGCCUUUUCCACGACCCCCCAGGCUCCUACAACCCCAUGACGCUUGGCCUCUUCACCCUGGUCUACUUCUUCCUGGCCUGCUGGACCUACGGGCUCACGGUGUCGGCCGGUGUCUUCAUCCCGUCCUUGCUCAUCGGGGCCGCCUGGGGCCGGCUGUUCGGCAUCUCCCUCUCCUACAUCACAGGGGCCGCAAUCUGGGCAGACCCCGGCAAGUAUGCCCUGAUGGGAGCGGCUGCCCAGCUGGGUGGGAUCGUGAGGAUGACACUGAGCCUGACGGUCAUCAUGAUGGAGGCCACCAGCAACGUGACCUACGGCUUCCCCAUCAUGCUGGUGCUGAUGACCGCCAAGAUCGUAGGGGACGUCUUCAUCGAGGGCCUGUAUGACAUGCAUAUCCAGCUGCAGAGUGUGCCCUUCCUGCACUGGGAAGCCCCGGUCACCUCGCACUCGCUCACUGCCAGGGAGGUGAUGAGCACACCGGUCACCUGCCUGCGGAGGAGGGAGAAGGUGGGUGUCAUCGUGGACGUGCUGAGCAACACGACGUCCAACCACAACGGCUUCCCCGUGGUGGAGGCCGCUGACGAUACCCAGCCAGCCCGGCUCCAGGGCUUAAUCCUGCGCUCUCAGCUGAUCGUCCUGCUGAAGCACAAAGUGUUCGUGGAACGGUCCAAUGUGGGCCUGGUGCGGCGGCGGCUGAGACUGAAGGAUUUUCGUGAUGCUUACCCACGCUUCCCCCCGAUCCAGUCCAUCCACGUGUCCCAGGAUGAGCGGGAGUGCACCAUGGACCUCUCCGAGUUCAUGAACCCCUCCCCCUACACAGUGCCCCAGGAGGCGUCCCUCCCGCGGGUGUUCAAGCUGUUCCGAGCCCUGGGCCUCAGGCACCUGGUGGUGGUGGACAACCGCAAUCAGGUGGUCGGGCUGGUGACCAGGAAGGACCUGGCCAGGUACCGGCUCGGGAAGGGGGGCCUGGAGGAGCUCUCUCUGGCCCAGACGUGAGAUCCAGCCCUGGCACUUUCCUCGGAACCCUCACCUCAUUCCCCAGGCAGCAUGGAUCCAGACCCUGGGGACAUCCUGGCCAGCGUGUGACUCUUGUGGGCUCUUUGUUUGCAUUCUCACCCCCAUUUCCUCACCUCCUGUCUCGGCCCCUCGGUUUUCACGCGCCAGCCCCCUGUUCCCUGACCUCUGGGGAGCAUUUUGUGCAACUCUCCCUGAGAGCUUGCGCGUGCUCGUGCGUGUGUCUGUGUGCGUGUGAUUAUGUGCCUAACAGCUGGUUAGCUGAGCCCUGUGGGUCCAAAUGCUGCAGCCCCCAGGAUGGAGCCAUUGCUGCUUCUGUGCCCCCUGUCAUCCUGGGGGCCAGUGCAGAAGGACUGCACCCUGAGCACUGGCAGCUCGGUGUCUGGGCAACUUCAGGCUGUAGCGGAGGCCUUGGAUCUUGUUCUUCUCAGCCCUCAGCUCAGUCUGCAGCCAUGAGGUUUUGGGUCUGAGCAGAGAGAGACCCAAGCUGGACACAGGGAGGCGAGGGCUUAGGGGAGCAGGACUGCCCUGGAGAGCAGACCCCAGAGCUGGACUCCUAGACUCACCACAUAUCCCCCCUGGGCCACACCCCCACUCGGUGCUGUGGACCUGGACCCAGAAUCCACCUCUGCCUCUGUCACUGAGCCUGUGUGGAUGGCACAGGGAUGGUGGAUCUCUUCAGCACCUGGGGGCCCCCAUGAGCCUCUGAGGAUCCCUGGCAUGAGCCAGUGUUCUGGAGCAGCUCUGCUUCCAGGGUUGGGGCAGGUGAGUUCUGGGAUGGGCUGGUGAGCCCAGAGCAGAACCACGCCUGUCCUGGGCUGGGCAGGCCAGAUAUGGGAUCCUGUAUCCCCAGUGCCCCACCAGACUUUUUUUCUAAAGUGACUCGCCCCCUCCCCCGCCCACUUCUGUAAUGAGGAACGUGUGCUGUUGUGGGUUGGCAGGUGCUGCACUUCGGUUUUAGCCCGUUUCAAGGGGGUGGGGACCUUGAAAGGCUGCUCUUCCUGGUGGGGGAGCCCUCUGGGGAAUGUAGGGGUCCAAGUAUGGGUGUCUGAAUGGGAGAAAUAAACAAACUGUACACAGAC